AUGAACGGAUAUUUGCGCAACAAGUGCUCGUCGGAGCAGCAGCUGCUGAACGAGCUGGCAAAGCUACUGGGAACCAAGGAUGUCGCAUCGCGAAAGAUGGCGGACGUGCUGCGUGCGCUUACCUUCUUCUAUACAUCGGCAGGACGAGGCGCGCGUAUCCCUCUGUCGCUGCUCAGCGGCUUGUGCACUCUGUUACCACAGCUAAAAGACAAGAAGGAGAUCACACUGCUUAAGGAUGAGCACCAACGCAUCGCCCGCGUUGCACUCUGCCUCCUGACUCGGCUAAUCGAUCAGUUCGAGAUUCAGAAAGAGAUGACAACGAGGCCCACGGACGCGCAGAAGAUAAACCAGAAUCAAAGUGUAGAUGCGGCGGAGCAAGUGCUGGCCAACUUUCUGUUGACACUGGAGACGGCCGUGACGACGCCGUCGGGGCUGCUGCUACCACGCCAGCGAUCUACGUUGCGCGUGUACGCACAGCUCUGUCGGGUCUUUCAGAAGAGAGAACAUCUGGUGAGUUACACUGCGGCACUGCUGCAGCAAUCACCAGUACUUGCAUAUGCUGGAAAUUCUGCAGAUGCUAAGGGGAAACGGCUACCCCCUCCAGUGCCUGCGCAGUUUGGUGCUGUGGCAGGAGCUUGCCAUGCUGUACGCUUCCAUACGGAACCAGAAGAACAAGCAUGUGUGGCGAACAAGCUAGCGCAGCUUGCAUUUAUGAUACCGGCGGGCCCAGCGUCUCGCCAUGCUGCGAAGACGCUGUUGUCGCUUUUGAUGUCACCAGUACUGAGCGAAGACCGACCGUCAAGCGCAGUAACCGUGGCCAAAGCGAUCGAGUUAUUUCUGCUGGAGGCUCGACCUCGUUCGUUGCUCGGUGGAGACUCUAUGACUUCUGUAUACCUGCUGCGUCUGUGCGAGCAGUCGCAUGAUCAGAACCCUGCCCUACAAGGCUUCCUUAUUUCGAACGCGCUUUCAGCACAGCUUGAAGAGUAUCUUAUGGAUGUUAUUCAAACAGCAAUAGCCGAUGAUACCACCACAAAAGCAGGCGUGGCCCCCGCAGUUAUUUUGGUCGCCGUGGAGGAGGCUUUGAGAGGAACUUCGCCGAAGGAUAGCUUUCGAAAACAACCUAAUUGGGGUUCGAAGUGCAUUUUUGAGGUAGUAGCGACCGCAUUGCUACCCCUGCUUCCAGCUACUCUCGACCCAUCGGGACUACUACGCAGUACUGUUACGCUGCAUCGAGUGUGCCGCGCUGUGCAGUUUGUAGCAGAGCACAUAGACGCUGGCGUACUUCGCUUGGGUCCCGUAGAAGGGCAGAAGAUGGAGAUUCCGACCUAUCUGAGCCAGCUUACGCUACGCAUUCACUCGCUGACUGAACAUAGCAAUGCAUUUGUUGCUUGUGAAGCUCUUCGUGCCUUUGUUUGGUUACUUCCUCGUUAUAGCAGUGCUGAGCUAAUUGGAGACAGUGGAGGCCACUGGACAAGUAUCUUUUGGCAGCUUGAAACACUUCCGUUUGGUCAUAUUCAACCAGAGCGCCGCGCUGCGAUCGCCUGGACACUAUUCCGUCGCUGUGUGACCACGUUAAAAUCGUAUGGAUAUCAAGUCGAGAAACCACUUCUGUUAGGGUGUCUUCGAGUUGUUCUGGCGUGGUUUCGAGUGCGACCUUGUGUGUGGCACGCUGCUUUACUGACUGCAAUUUGGCACACUGCUUUGCCUGAAUGUGCUCCCGCAUCCUUAGGCGAAGUCGUUUUUUCAUCUAUCAAUGAGGUUCUUGACUACCAGUGCGCACCUACUAGCACUGGCGCUUCAGACAGUCUUGUCGUCAAGCAAUGUACAUUGCAGUUCCUCAGUAACCGCAAAGGAUGUCUAAAGCAUGCUGUUCAGCGCUUCUGGAGACCGCUGCAUCGCAGCGUAUGA